AAUCCUUCAUGGCAAUGUGGCACCUGCAAAAGAGCUCACAGCUCAGCAGCAAUAAAGCUGGCUAGAAGAAGAAGAAGAAGGCACUAAUGAACUUCUACAACUGACAGGAGAUAACUUUCCCAAAGAUGUCAGAGUUCCACUUCCACCAAAUCCAGCACUUGAAGAAGCAGCCAUAGGAUCUCACCACCAUUCUGGCAUGAAUCAUCCAGAUAAAGCCAAUGAGAACUUGUACCAAGACACAAAAACUCAAGACAUAUUGAUGCCUGGUGCUAAGCCUAAUACACCUGACACCUAUCUAUGUACAACCUAUCCAGUUCUAGAAGAGGAGCUUUAUAUUUAUAAAUUUCAAGAUCUGGCCAAUGCUGCCACUGCACACCAUAUGUUGCUGUAUGGAUGUGAUGGUGAACCUUUUUCUACAGACAGCUUCUGGAACUGUCCACCAAUGUGUAAAAAUGGUCAGCCUACAAUAAUGUUUGCCUGGGCUAAGAAUGCUCCUCCAACAGUUAUGCCUAAAGGUGUAGGUCUCAGGGUCGCAGGAAAACAUCAAUUAAGACUAUUGUACUCCAGGUACACUACGCAAAGAUUUUUGAAGACUCAGAACCUGCAGAUCACUCUGGACUUAAACUUUACACAACCCACCAAAAUGUAUCCAGUAGACAUCAGCUGUACAUUCAUGAUGGACAAGAGUAUCAUCCCCUUUGCUUUUAGAACACAUGCACAUGGUCUAGGUACAGUCAUAACUGGUUAUCAAUACAAUGGAACGUAUCAUGAAAUCGGUAAAGGAAAUCCACAAUGGCCACAAGCUGUUAGAUGCACUUAUAACUCAAGCUCGAUGGAUCAUCCUGUUGGUGUUGGGUCAACAGGCAAUGAUGAGAUGUGCAAUUAUUACAUCAUGUUCUACACAGUUCUGUGGCUGACCCAUCAGGAGAAUGUGCUUUCAAUGAACUUACACAGCUGACUGGAAAAAACUUUCCCAUAGAUGUCAGCGUUACUCUUCCACCCAAUCCAGCCCUUGAAGAAGCAGCUAUAGGAUCCCAUAAUCAUGCUGGCAUGAAUCAUCCAGGUGAAGCCAAUGCUGACUUUGAAGACACACAGAUAUUAAAGAUAUUGAUGCUGGGAGCAAGCCCUAGAAAGCCGGAUUCUUAUUUAUGCACAGCUUACCAUGCACAGGAUUUGGAAUCAUAUAUUUAUAAGUUUGAAGCUGUAGCUGACGCCAACAGAGCUCAUCACAUGCUGUUGUAUGGAUGUGAAGGUGAAGCCUAUUCUCAGUAGCCAGUUUGGAACUGUCCUGCAAUGUGCAAGAAUAGUCAUCCUGUGAUUUUAUUUGCUCGGGCUAAAAAUGCUCCUCCAACUAUCUUGCCUAAAGAUGUUGGUUUGAGAUUUGGCAACAGAACAUUCAUUAAAAACAUUACUAAACAUUAGUACUGCAAGUUCACUAUGCUAGGAUAUUUACUGAUGCUGAAGAUGAAGACCACUCAGGUUUGAAGAUUUAUGUCACACACAAAAAGCAGCCAUAUGUUGCAGGAGUUUUUUUCUUGGCAUCUGCAUCGUUUAGGCUAGCUCAAGGACAUUCCU